GCGGCGGCGGGCGCGGAGGGACGGGAUGAGGAGCUGCCGUCUCUGCCGGUUUGACGCGGCCAGGGGCCCCCAGCGGCUUAUGCGCGUGGGGCUCGCGCUAAUCCUGGUGGGCCACGUGAACCUGCUGCUGGGGGCCGUGCUGCACGGCACCGUCCUGCGGCACGUGGCCAAUCCCCGCGGCGCAGACCCCGAGUACACCGUGGCCAAUGUCAUCUCCGUGGGCUCCGGGCUGCUGAGCGUUUCCGUGGGACUUGUGGCCCUCUUGGCAUCCAGGAACCUUCUACGCCCUCAACUGCACUGGGCCCUGCUGGCAGUAGCUCUGGUGAACCUACUCUUGUCCGCUGCCUGCUCCCUGGGCCUCCUCCUCGCAGUGUCACUCACUGUGGCUAAUGGUGGCCGCCGUCUCAUUGCUGACUGCCAUCCCGGGCUGCUGGAUCCUUUGGUACCGCUGGACGAGGGACCUGGACAGGCUGACUGCCCCUUUGACCCCACGAGAAUCUAUGAUACAGCCUUGGCUUUCUGGAUUCCUUCUUUGCUCAUGUCUGCAGCAGAGGCUGUUCUGUCUGCUUACUGCUGUGUGGCUGCACUCACCCUUCGUGGGGUUGGGCCCUGGAAGAAGGAACGGCUGCAGAUACAGCUGGAGGAACUGACAGAACUUGAACUUCCUAAAUGUAAAAGUCAGGAGAAUGAGCAGCUACUGGAUCAAAAUCAAGAAAUUCAGCCACCACAGAAAAGCUGGGUGUAGGGCAAGUUGUGUCAUGAGGCUUAUGGUCUGGAAAAAGGUGGGGACAGCAAACUGCUCUUAGAAUUGGGUCUGGUCCUUUGCUUUCGGCUACUUGCCUUAUAACCUGGGCCUUCUCUAUCAAGCAGGCUCGGCCACAGGGUUUUCACUGACCUUUAAGAUGAGCUAAAAUAACUGAAAUAAAAUAACUUUUUUCUACUUGAUAAUGAUUUCUUUUGGGGGAAGAGGCACCAGGUUGUGCUGAGGGUGACCAUGAUCAAAGAAUACAGUGGGCUUAGUUACUUACAAGACUUUAAUGAGGGAGAGCACCUGAAAACUCUUCCCUGAGCUCCACCAGUCACUGAAAGGAAAAGCUGGUGCUGGGAAGGCCGCCACACCACUGACUGAUGAACUUCAGUACAUCCUGGCACACAGGGCUGUGGGAGGUCUGUGAGCAAAUGGAAAACAUGAGAGGAAUUCACAAAAAAGAAAAAACACUCUGCUAUCAAGAAUAUCAUGCCAUCUCAGUCCAUGAGGAGCAGGGUUCAACCUGCACCUGGCUUCUUAACACUCCCACCCACCAGCCCGGUAGUUUGUUGUUUUUCUUCAGUGCUGCUCUCCCUGCCCUCGUCCUUCACAUCUCCCUCUCUAACCUUGAUAGCCAUAAGGAACUUGUUCCAGUUAUCUUUGUUAGCUGCCCUCCCCGGCCGCUUAAAUUCAAUUUUGUUCCUCAGAAUGGGGUAUCCUGUAGGGGAAGAAAAAAAGAUGAACUGGGGUUUGAGAAGGACUGAGGAAAGGAAAUGAAGAAAGUAGAAGGCUCCUAUCUUCUGCAUCCUUGACUGAAUCAGUAAAAUCAUUUCCCGACCCUGUUGCUUUUCCCUCCUUCCCACCUACCACAGAAUAUGGGGUGGUGUUGGGUUCUGUACCUGUAAUGAGGCAGGGAAGUGCCCGAACUCCAGUGCUUGCUGCCACCAGGGAGGCCUCAUAGGCACCCCGCUCAUCCCGAGGCAGAACCUGUUCCAGCCGCUGGUCCAUGGAAACUGUGAGCACCCAGUCUCGAACCUCUUCUCUCUGAGCCUCCUGGGAAGGAUGGGUGAAGUAGAUUCAUGCCAGGCAGGGCAAGUGUAAGGUGAUGACUAAAGGGGCUGGCUAGGCCCACGUCCUAUAUACCACCUUUCACUCACAAAUGAUCCUUGGAUUGGCAAUUACAACCACAGUCUUAACUAUUGCCUCUGUUUCUACUGCCAUUGAAGGAAUAGUGAGGGUUCAGGCCCUUCCAAAGAUGGCAGCGCAAAGAUAUUGCUGACCAAUGCCCAUUACAAACUUAAGGUGCCCAAGCGAAAAUGUCCUCCCUUCUCAACGCACCCACACGGUGAGGCCUCCCAAUCUCCAGACCUCUGCCCUUACCAGUAUGUGUUGUUUGGCUGGGAGUGGCACCUCAAAGGGAAUGUCUGUAUCCUGAAAGUCAGAGUGGUCAAGGGCAUCCAGUGUCCCUUCCUCAAUUGCCUGUGGCAGAGUGGGUAGCCAUGAGAUGGGCAACUGUCACAGGCAAAACCUCUCAGCCUUUGGGCACAACUUCCCUACUUACAUCAGUCAGGUCCAGGAAACGGUUGAGGAAGAUGAAUGCCAUGUUUUCCCAGCCAACUGCCUGCCACAGAGAAAAGUUGCAAGUGGGAGUGAACAACUGGGUGUGGGUGUUGCUUCUGACAAAGCGGGGGGAAGAGUCCAGAAAGAUAAAGGAAAAUGUUAUCUUCUCCAUUGGCCACCCAAAGGUUUGUUCUGCCUGAGCAGAUGGGAUAGGCUUUAUCUUCCAACUUCUGAUUUCCUCAGCUCAGCCCACCCAUUUUGGCAGCUCACCUUGGCAGCAAUGCCUGCUUCAUAGAAGGCCUUGUCUGCAGGUAGUAGCUGAGUGUGACGCAAGAGUGAAACAGAAAGCCUGGCAGCCACGGUUUCCUGUGGAUUCAAGUCCAAGCGUUACAACCCUAGCGCUACGGUACCUGAGUUCCCAGGCUGUGAGCUUACAGCUAAGGCAAUUGCACAACCAGUAAACUGGCCAUAUGAAACUACUCUGCAUCUCAAGCAGCUCUGAGUCUUAGUUUUUUUAAAAUCUGCACAGGAGAGCUAGGUCUCUAUUAUUUCUAAGUUUCCUUCCACUUCUAGAAUUUUACCAUCCACGUACAUGAAAUAAAUAUACAUUAUUCUAACACGAAUAAAGCAAAGAUAAACAUAUAAGUAGCCAACCCAGGAAUCACCAGAAAUGGAAUUUGAAUGUUUCAAUACAAUGGGGCUGAAGCUCUAUGGGCAGAAGGUCAAAGGAACGCAGGAAGAAAGCCAUCACAGCAGAGGCUAAACAUGUAUUUGAAUAACAGAAAAGCUAGACAACAAGUGGGCCAAGCUUGAGAAUGUGAAGCUUGAACGCAUCCAUGGGCCAGCUCCCCCGCUGUGCUGUCUCACCAGCUGUUUCACGCUCUGAGCCGCAGAGCGAGUGGCAUAGUAAUGCGCUAUCAGCAGCAUCGUCUCGAACUCCUCAUGGGCUGGAGAGUUGGCCUCACUGGACUUGACCAGGUUUUCACACUAGAGCAGGAAGAGAGCACAGUCUGGGCCAGGGGAGUGCUGGGCACAGCUGGUGAACUAAUGUCACCUGCACAGAGGACGCUACAGUACAUCUGAGGGUGAAGGUUAAUGUGCAUGAAAGAAGAGAUAAGGACUGGGGCAGGCAGAGAAGCCUUUCACUGGGCGACGAUAUUCUCACCAGGUUGAAGAGGACGUCUCGAAGAUCAGCCCAGCUGUGAUAGGCCUCGGCACUGUUGGUCCCGGGUGAGCUCACCAUGUCAGUGAAGAUCCUUUUGUAGAUGUUGAAGUUCUGGAGGUAGAAGGGAAAGGAGAGCUGGGAGAGGACAACUAGAAGAGAGCGCCAGUAGAAGAGGCCAAAGAGGGGAAAACAGGCUGUAGAUGUGUGUAUGGAGAAGCCGGAGGAAAGCGAUGGACAAGUUAUUAUUUUCAGGGAAGAGAAAAAAGAAAAGAAUUUUCUUAAGCCAGGUGCUUUGUGAGUGUGGGUAAAUGCGAUGCACAGUCACGGUGGUCAUGGGCUAAUAUUCCAGAGAGCUUGAUGCUUAGCGAGGGGAGUGGUGUUUCUUCUCUGGAGGGAGUUAAAAAGGCCAUGGAGGUGUGUGAAAAAUUCAUCUCUGAAAGGCUUUUCCCUGUGUGUUAGCUAAAAGCACAGGGUGGUUGCUGGGAAUUUCUUUCUGCAAAGGGUAAAUCCUCCAGAGAGACUGCACAUUUUGGAGGAGGCUGGGUAGGGUCUCAGGACAUGGUGCUCUCUGAAGAAAGAAUCCUUUGGGAAGACAGUUCCUGACAGGAUGGAUAGUUCUUAAAAAGAAAGCAAGAAAAAAAAAGAAUUUCCUUGAGGAAACAUUCACCCCAAUGAGCAGGCUAGUACCUGUGGGUUGGCAGGGGCUCCGUGUUGCACAUACAGGGCCAAUGCCUGGGCAUAGCCACCCUCUCGGAUCAGGUGAGUUGCAUACAAAGCCACAUACUUGUGUAGAAUCUUGUAGUUCUGUCCGGGGGUGGAGGAAAAGUAUGGGGAGGUUGGGAUUAGCGCAAUCAGGCAGUGAG